CCCAUCACUUGUGCUCUAUCACGUGACCAGCAACGAUGGCGGCGCCCAUCACGUAAAUAAAGAGAAUAGAUUCGAACGUCUUAUUUUCACGUUUAUCAACGUAAAGCGUCGAUUUUACGGACGGGAUGCGUUUCGGUGCGAAGCCGUCAUGUUCGUCCUGCGGUGCGGCUAACUCUCCCGUGUGGAAGAAGAACGAGAAGGGCGAGGUGACGUGUUUAACUUGCUUUAAAGGCGGCUGUGCCACGGACCUCGACGGCGGUACAAACACUACAAAACCCGCAUCUGCUACCCUCCUUCACCAACAGUCACACGACAGCGAGUCGGCGGCGGGAGAGACCGACGGGAAGGGGAAGGAACAGCAGCAGCAGCAGACACAGCUUGCGACGAGGAAGAGCGCGCGAUCCAGGCCAGCAAAGAAGGGCGGCGCCAGCACCAAGAGUAGCACGACGAAGGGGAAAAGCCGCCGCAUCGUUCUCAAGAAGAACCCAAUCAAGGCACCAGCUGCGCAGGCUACAGUAAUAUCAAGCAGCUUUCUUUGGUACAAGGGAGUCUACAUGCAGGUGGGCGACGUCGUCUCUCUCGUUGACACGGACGACAACGCCACCUAUUACGCACAGAUCCGAGGCUUCCUGCAGGACCAGUAUUGUGAGAAGAGCGCUGUGUUAACGUGGCUCAUCCCGACGCAGGCCGCCGCCGCCGCCGCCGCGUCGCGCGAGCCGUUCGAUGCCACCAAAUACCUGCUUGGUCCGUCCGAGGACGUGCCACGCAAGCUAGAGUGCAUGCAGUUCGUCUGCCACGCGCCGGCCGACUACUUUGUGCUGCGGACGCCGCACCCGGGCGCCACGCCACGUCCGCACGCCGGCUACAUGUGCGCGAGGAUCGCCCCUUGCAGACUCCGCCCCCCGCAUGCCAAGCAGACGAUGACGGACGCCAUGGCGACGGGAGACUCGCCCGCCGCAGUCAAUGUGGACGACACGGCGGAACAGACGACAGCCGGGAACGACACGCAUGUCACUGUACUGGGGGAGGGUUAGU